UUGUAACAGAGCUCACUAUCUUAACCCUGCCCUUGUCCUGGUGAGGGUCUCUGACACCUUCGUCCUGUGGAGUCCUGAGACUCAUCCCUUUCGUCUUCUUCUGCAGGACCCCCGGUGUCGGAGAGCCGCAGCAGAGCGGACUGGGAUCAGAGACCUGCGAGCCAGGAGGACUCCUCGUGCCCUGAGCCAGCCUGCAGCAGAUAGAUGGAAACGGAAAGCACACGUUUAGACAGCACAGCAAUAUAGUGCUGAUGUCCCAAGAUGUGGGAGGAUAGGACUCACUGGAUGAUUGUCUGCUUCGUUGGGCUCGGUGCUAUUACAUCUGGAGAACCUACACAAUCGUUCCCCCACACAGUGAAACUGGAUAUGGCUGAGAACUCAGUCGACGAUCAGUAUCUGAGCUGUCAGACUGAGAUGCUGAAUGUGACAGUAAAAGGAGGACUUCUGGAAAAGGAGAAGAAGGAGAACCACCUAUUUCGUGAAGCCUGGGAUGUUGUCGAAUGCACUGAACCUGUUCCUGGGGGAACACCUGAGCACUGCAGAGCGAUUUUUGUCUACACCUCCAACUCCAUUUACCUGGAAUUCAAUAAAGCCACAAGAAGCAGUGGGGGCAGCGUGCAGGACUACAUGAACACUUACCCAUACAAGUCUCUUCACUUCCUGCUGACCGACGCUCUCCGCUUGCUGAGACAACAACUCACUGUCUGCUAUAAGGUGUACAGGGGAAGUAGAGAAGGCUUUGUGGCAGAAGUGAACUCAGAAAUAAGAUUCGGACAGUUUUCAUCCAGCUCUAAAGAUGAAGCCUUUGCACACUUUUUUGGAGAUACUACCUUCUUCGAAAUCCAGACCUGCCAUGGGGUGGACAUUGAGAAGUUCUCCCAGUUUCCAGCUGAGGCCGAGGUGCUGAUCCCUCCCUUUGAGAAGUUCAAGGUGAAGUCAGUGACAGAAACAGACAAAGGCAAGAAGAAGAUUGUUCUGCAGUCCCGUGGUACCUACAGUAAUCAUGCAUGUUCAUUCUUUCCAAGGUCAACAUGGGAACUGACUACAGCUGCAGUUUGUUACCAUCCUUCACAAGAGAGAAAUCAUGAAGAUUAAUUAAUGACUGAAAACUGUAUUUAUGCUUCAGGUGAUGUAGUAAUAGAUGGUGGAAAAUUAGAAAUGCAGCAUUGAUUACUAAACUGAUUUGGGAGUAACAAAUUAAUAAGAAUUAAUUAUUUUUGGUUAAUGACUUUAAAGCUAUUCAGGCUAAAAAGAUCUAUACUUGAUAUCUAUACUGAUUAAGGAGAAGAGGCUGUUAUAUUUUUAGUGUGUGCAAUUUCAAAUCUUUCUAAUCUUCACUUUAACUCUGUAAGCCCUUCUACUAUAAACAGCUAUUGACAUAGAGGUAUUUUUAUGUUACUGCACCUUUUCAGUAUGUCAGGACUGUUGAAACUCACUGUGACUGUAGCCUCUAUUGUAACAGGACUGUUCUCCUGUACUGGGACUGUAGCUCCUAUUGUAACAGGACUGUUCUCCUAAACUGUGGUUGUAUUCUCUAUUGUAACAGGAGUGUUCUCCUGUACUGUGGUUGUAUUCUCUAUUUUAACAGGACUGUUCUACUGUACUGAGACUGUAGCUGCUACUGUAACAGGACUGUUCUACUAUAAUGUGACAGUAAUACAUCGGAGAUUGUCAAGUGUUUUCUUAUACAGUU